AUGGAGGCCAGGCUGUCAUGCACCAACCUGGGCGCCCUCAUGGUGCUCUGGGCACGGGUGGCAGUGGCUAUGGUGGGCCUGGACUGGCAGAAGAUUGGAGGAUUCUGGUGGGAAGUUGGUGUGGCCUCCGAUCAAAGCCUGGCGCAUCGGGUGGAGGGCCUGUUCCUCACCUUGAACAGGAGUAACCUGACCAUGAAAGUCGCAUACAACAGCUCAGGAAGCUGCGAGAUAGACAGGGUCAGUAUAGACACUACAGGAAAAUUCACUUUUCCUGGCCACAGAGAGAUCCAGGUGCUGGACACAGACUACAAGGGCUAUGCCAUCCUGAGGGUGUCCCUGAUGUGGCGGGGCAGGAACUUCCAGGUCCUCAAGUACUUCACUCGGAGCCUGGAGGACGAGGAGCGGCUGGGGUUCUGGAGGUUCUGGGAGCUGACCGCAGACACUGGACUCUACCUGGCGGCCUGGCCUGGGUGGUAUGCCAAGCUCCUGAAGGAGAGUUUGGGAUUGUUACCCCAUUUUGCAGAUUGA